GCCACUGAUCUGUCGCUUAUUGCAGAAGAGCUUUAUUUUACUGUAAUUGACCCCAGUGAAAAUGACCAAAAUGAUGGUGAAAAUUUCGAACGCAGCGAUGAUGACGAUGAAGAAAAUGAAGAAAUUGCAGAUGAUGGCAUGGUCGAGAAAACUUUUAAAUUUGAUGAUUUUGCCAAAAGAUUACUAAAUCCAAAAAUAGUUCGUGCUUGUGUUGUGGUACUUUCUGAUUGGGAACAAAUACCAACAAAAUCCCUAAAAGCAGCUGUAACCAUACUACAUCGUAUUGCCUAUGGAUGCUCAUGUCCGGCCAUGCUUUAUCAGGCCAAACUAUUUCGUAUCUUUCAACAAGUUUUCCACGCUGGUCGUGAUGCACAUCAUGAGGAAUUGCGUCGUUUGGGAAUUUUUGUUGUACGUAAAUUUGUGGAAACCGCACCAAAUAAUCCAAAAAUCUACGCUGAAUUGUUGUUCUAUAAAUCGAUUAAAGAAGCAAAUGAACUGGAAAGUGGCUACUGUGAUGCCUAUGAAUCCGGCACCAAAGGAACCUGGACUGAAGAACAAGAGUCAGAGUUACGUUUUCUAUUUGAAGAGAAUCAACGAAAUCCUGAAACUGACAAGGAUGUCAUUGACUGGAUUUUAGAAAAUAUUGGUGACAGAACACGCACCAGGAGAGGAGUCCUAAAGAAACUUAAAGAAUUGGGUUUAAAGUUUAAGGCACCAACCAAAAAGUCCACUGCCGAUGCCCACAACAAAAAUCUAUGGCGCUCGGAAGAAGAUGAAGAACUGCGCAGUCUUUACGAUCAGUAUCGAACUGAAGAUGAUUGUCUUCAACGUAUCCUAGACGAAUUCGCCGAACGGCGCAACAAGCAAGCUAUAAUCAAAAGAAUGUUGCAAUUACAUAUUAUCGCUGAUAAAUCGGAAAUUCUACCCCAAAAGCCUCGUAAACGCAAAUCCAAGAAACAAAUGGAAAAUGGAGAAGAGGAAGGAGGAGAGCAUGAUGAAUAUGAAUUUAUGGAAGAACCAACAUUUGAUGGAACUGAUAGGCCAAGCACAUCCCGACAAAGUAAGGCUAAGAAACCAGCCAAAGCUAAAGCACGCAAGAUAGUACGUACUCCGCUAGAUGUGGGCACGGUAAGAGCUUUAUUGGGGCAAGUUGAUGCCGAAAAAUACCAAGAAGCUAUUGAUUGGCUUAAAGAAUGUUUGGAUGAUGCUGCUGAUGAUACUGAUGAACCGGCAGAAGAAGAUGAUGGUGUUCCUUUGGUACCCUUGCAAGAGUUGCAAAAAGAAGCCAUGGAAGAUGGAGAUUUCAAAAAGGUUUUGGUAGCUUUGGGCAUACAGCCCCCUGUCUUUGGCAUGGAAAGCUAUUGGCGUAUACCCACUUAUUUGAAUUCGGCUGAUUUGAAAUUAAGAGCUAAAAUUGUGGCUGGCGAAGAGGUAAAUAUCGAUGUGGAAGAUUUGGAAGAUGAAGACAAUGGAACGGACAAUGAAAGCGCCGAAGAAAAUGUUGAUAAUCGCGAUGGUGAUGAAAGUGAGGAAGAUUAUUUGGAGACUUUGGGUAUGGCCAAGGAACGUAAGAAGUUGGAUAAUUUGGAAAAUUAUAUGGAUCAGCAAAGGGAGAAAAUGAAAAACUUAAUGUUUAGCAAAAGUGAUGAAGAGACUGAAGAACGUGCUCCUUUAAAAGAGAAAAAGAAGAGUAAAACCAAAAAGGAAACCAAAGCUAAAAAAAAGAAGCAAGACUCUGAUUCUGAGGAGGAUACCGAAAUGGUGGAUAAAAUAAAAAAGAAGUUAGAUAAAAAGAAACGCAACUAUGAUUUGAGCAGUGAAGAAGAUGAUGGAGAAGGAACAUUUAAAAAACCUAAAGAAAAGGAAAUGGUCAAGCCCGAUACAACCGAUUUAUUUGAUCAAUUAAAGGCCAAACGAGCCAAAAGUAAAAUUAAUCUUAAAGAUAUGAUGGCCGAAAAGGAUAAUACAGGUGAAGAGGAUGAUGUUGAUUUAAAUUUCAAUUCUGAGGAUUAUCGCAAACGUUUAGCUGAAUUGGGCGAUGAUGACGAGGUGGAUGAUGAUGAGGACAAUGAACAACAAACAUUAAGCAAUCGUUCCCGCCGUGCCAAUGUAAUUGAAUCCGAUUCUGAUGAUGCUGAUGGCAAUGUUGUUGACAAUGUUAAUAAAGCCAACAACAGAGAUAAACAAGCCUUCAACGACACUGAUGAUGAUGAUGACAACAAUAAUGCCGAUGAUGAUAGUGUUAAAUCCAUUAAAAAACAACAAACAGGCGACAAUAUAAAAGACUCCUCGUCUAAAAUUUCUACAAAAAAACGUCAACGUUCCCUAGAUGAAGACAAUACAGCCGAGAUGGAGCAAGAGGAUGAUGAGGACGAGGAUGCUAAAUUUCUAAAACGCAAAAAACCAUCAUCAAACGAACAACGUGCUUCAGUGAUUGGUGAGGAACCAGCUAAACGACGCCGUGUUGCUGUCAUAGACGAUGAUGAUGAGGAUGAUUGAGCAAACAAUUUCAUUUUUACUUACUCUCUAUAUUGUAUGCAAUGAUUUUCAUUUAAUUUAAUUUUUUUUUUUUAUGUUUUGUUUUACUUUAUUUUCUUCUUAAUUGGUUAAAAAGUGAAUGAAAUGUAAAGCAAAAUUAAUAUGUGAAGUCAAGACAUUUAAGAAGUACUUGUCUCAUUUUUCAUUCGUUAAGUUUUAAUUCACUUUUUUUUUAAUAAGCUUUUUAACACAUUUGUUCAUUAAGAUUACUUUAAGGAUGAUAUCAAUUUGUAACUUUUUUUCGUAUUUUAUUUUAAUCUCAGUUCGUCGUGUUAAAUUUGUAUUAUUAUUUCAUUGCAUAUAAUCGAUGGAGUCUUGAAUUUUUAUAAUAAAUUGUUUUGUAAUAAAUUUAAUAAUGUACAUAUGUUGUUGUUU